AUGGCGUCGUCCAAACAGGCAAACUACCCACCCCUUGAGGAUCGUCCGUUGAAGGACACCAUCUGCCUCUUCGACGUUGACGAGACCCUCACGCCUGCUCGAAGGGCCGCCUCACCCGAAAUGCUCUCCCUGCUCGCCGCCCUCCGCCAGAAAUGCACCGUCGGAUACGUCGGUGGCUCCGAUCUGUCCAAGCAAGAGGAGCAGCUCGGACAAGCGGCCGGCGUGCCCGUCACCCAGCUCUUCGACUACUGCUUCUCGGAAAACGGCCUGACGGCCUUCAAGCUUGGCCAACCGCUGCCGUCCAACAGCUUCAUCAAGUGGAUCGGUGAGGACAAGUACAAGGAGCUCGUCCGCUUUUGCCUGCACUACAUCGCCGACAUCGACGUCCCCGUAAAGCGUGGCACAUUUGUUGAGUUCCGAAACGGCAUGAUCAACGUGAGCCCCAUCGGCAGAAACGCAAGCGUCCAGGAGAGAAACGACUUCGCCGCCUUUGACAAGGACGCCAAGGUCCGCGAGAAGUUCGUCGCUGCGCUGCGAGAACGCUUCCCUGACAUCGGCCUGACCUACUCCAUCGGUGGCCAGAUUUCCUUCGACGUCUUUCCCACCGGUUGGGACAAGACCUACUGCCUCCGCCACCUCGAGAGCGAGUCCAAGAAGCCUGGCGGUAUCCAGUACAAGACGAUACACUUUUUCGGUGACAAGACCUCGCCUGGCGGCAACGACUACGAAAUCUACACCCACCCCGACACCAUCGGCCACGCCGUUGACGGACCGGAGGACACCAUCCGCAUACUCAAAGAGCUGUUUCAAUUGUAG